AAUUAAAUCCUUGGACCCGUCUAUAUAACAAUAUAAUAACCCUUAGUGAAUUCAAAGAGACAAAGAUGAUCAAAGAAACAAUGGCGAAGGAUGAUUUUCCAAACGAUUUACUCACAGAGAUUCUCUUCACCUUAUCCACCAAGAGUCUUCUUCGAUUCAAGAGCGUCUCAAGAUCAUGGUGUUCUUUGAUUGAUGAUCCCUUUUUUGUCAAAUCUCAUCAUCAAAUAUCCACUGAAAUCAACAGAAACUCCAAAUUCAUUGUGCAAGGAACGGAUGGUCAGAUGUUCACAAUAAGCUUAUUAGAUUCAUGCAACAAAGUAGUGAACAAUGUCGAUCCACCUUUAUGCCUCGAGAACAUGAUUUUAAGGGGUUCAUGCAAUGGCUUGGUUUGUUUAACUGAUCCAGAGAAUGCCAUUCUGUGCAACAUAUCAACCAAAGAUUACUGUAAGGUGAGAUUUCCACCGUUUCAAGAAACCACCAUUUCACUUAGCUAUGGAUUCGGGUAUGACUCUAUCAGUGAUGAUUACAAAGUAGUAAGAGUAGACUACUUCUAUUCCAAACAAAUUGAGAGUUAUACUAGUGACAUUCAAGUUUAUAGCUUGAGAAAGGAUUCAUGGAAUAGCCCUCAAAGCAACACCCUUUCUUGUAUUCAAAGUUCAUACAGAUUCAAGGAAGAUGAUGCAGUCCUAGUUUCUGGUGCUCUCCAUUGGGUGGCAUCUAGGAAUUCAUUGAAUUACCAUGAUGAACCAUAUUUUGCUAUUGCUCUUAAUCUCGCUGAGGAAACGUCUAGCAAGAUUGUGCUUCCAAAGACAAACACGGAACCUGUCAUGGGAGUAAUUGAAGGCUGCUUCGCCGUGACAUGUUAUGAUUAUACUACUGAUCUGCCUGAUGCAGAUAUUUGGGUGAUGAAGGAUUAUAUGGUUGAGGAGUCUUGGACUAAACUCCUUCGUAUGUCGUUUAUGGUUGGAUUGGGUAAACCUUUGAGGCCUAUAACUUAUUCAAGGAGUGGUAACAAAAUUCUGUUGCAUAGUCCUUGUUGCGUUCAUCUGUACCAUCCAGGGAAUGGAGAGGAAUAUAUUACCGAUUGCAGUUAUUAUGGGUUAGCAAUAGGACCAUAUGCAGAAAGCCUCGUCUCAAUAAGUGCUUAUAAAGGCUGCUGGCAGAAGACUGGGAGGAUCAAGCAAAAGGAAAACAGCGCUGAAAUGUGAUUCUUUAAAAUUUUUAGUGCAAUUAGUCAUGCUGUGUUUUAUAUUACUAAAGUUUGUUUUCUGUUGUGGCAGCUCUUGUUGCUAGUGGGUGAACAACAACAUGUUCAUGUUCUAGACCUUCUUUGCCUUCAUUUUAAUUUUUGUAGAAGUACUGAUUGAGUAAACUUUUACACAAGUGUUAGAAUUAUGACUUUGUAAAAAGUAAUUAUAGAACUUUUUUUUCUUUUUUCUUUUUUCUUUUUUUUGUAUUUUGAGGCUCUUAUCUCUUGACUUAUCUUAACUAUUAUUUAACUCAAAUCAAAUUUCAUAAUUUCA